AUGGAGUAUAGGAUAGUUAACAUUAGACCGCUUUCUUUAUUAAUUCGCCUUGCUCCAGUCGGCAUUUUCACCGCGGUGCACUGCAGUGGCGGGCAAUGGCCUACCAACGAUGAAUGCCUGCUGCGUGCUUCCAAGUAUGGCUUUUCACUGGAUAAUUUCUCAAAGAAACCGAAUUGUCUCUGGACUCACAUUUUUAUACAUUUCUCCAAUGAGCAUUUUCUUGCGAAUACACUCGCGCUUACUUACGCCUUACUUGAGUUCAAAAAUUGUUAUUUAAUCGAUUCCUUUCAGGGGGAAAGUCUGCGGGCUAGCUUUCAAAGUGCGAUCGGCUCGUCUCUGAUCCUAUUAUUGGCAGGCCCUAUUGGUGGGAUAGGUGGCCAAAUGCUUUACAACAUGAUCCAGGUGGAGCGCCCGUUCGAAAAGGCAAUGGCAAUGCUAAAAACCCAACUCGCGUCCCUUCCUAGAAUCUGCCAUUUAAAUCUACGGUGCUUUUCAUCCGCGGCUUCCCCGUCCGGGUCCUUGAGCGAAAGCUACAACGUGGUCUCCCGCACGAUCACCAGCACCCUGAAGAGCGCCACGACCUUUGGCCAAAGCCUCUUUCUCCACGGCGCGGCUGGGAUUCAAAAGAUGGUGAAUCGUUCGAUGUUGAUGUGCGGCUCCAGCGCCGCGGUGUGCGGCCUGGCCGGCUUCAACGCGGUGUACUUUCACAACCCGCUUUCCAUGAUUUUCAUGGUGAUCCCCGAUGCGAUGUUGCUCCUGCAGGACGCGAUCAACCACGUUUGCGCGUCCGACUGGGAUAAGUACAUGGACGUCUUGCGCAGUCUGAUGCCCCGGCAGACCGUCGGGCAUGCGGCCCACGUCGGGGGAUUUAUGGUUGGCGCAUCCUUGGGGUGGCUUCUUCGUCGUCUUUUCGGACCCAGGCCGGCGAGCGUCAUCGCGCCAAUGAAACCUGGAAUGCGCAGGGCGUAUCUUUUCACCCUGUAA